AUGAUUGUCUCCAAGAUGGAUGUAAAAUUCCGACCGACGAACGCGUCGUUGCGCAAUCGGCUGUACAUGCAUGAGCGUCGAGCCAAGCUGGCGCUAGCCAGGCCCGACCUCCUGGCCCGAGUGGACCCCGGCCACCUCGAGCCCCUUCUGCUCGAGCGGACUGCGGAGGUCCUGGACGGCUUGCUGUUCCAUGCCCGUCUGAUGACGCCGCUGCCGGAGACGCUGAAGCUGCGGCUGGCGGGCAAGGUGGCCGAGCGAGGUCACCCGGCUCCUGGUCCUCGACCAGACGCGCAUGGGCCCGUCCCUCCGACCGCCCGGCAUGGACAAGCAGCCCCACGACACCGACAACAGCAAGGAUGA